AGAGACCUGUCUCAAGAUUUGUUGGCUGUUCCUACACUAGGGCCUACUACAUAUCUCCAGUGACCCAUACGCUUGCACACAUUCCAAGCUUCGCGGCUAUUAUCGUCGAUCGUUGGAGGUAGAUUCAGCUGAUCGUAAAUUUCCCAUUCGUGAGAUCAUCAGUGACUAAAGUAAGGCAAUCCUCGGUCCCCGCAAAUUGCUGCACUCUAGAGUACAGACCCUCUCCUUUGUCAUUCGUAAACCAUGCACACAUUCGAGGACGCACGCGAUGAGGUCGAGGUUCGAAUCCCGCUGCCGGCAGAAAUGAAGUCUUCUGAAGUCGCGAAGCGACUAUCCAUUGAGUUUAAACCUAACUCCGUCAAGGUAGCAUGGAAGGAAGGUGCGGCAGCUCCCCUCCUAAACGCUCCAGAUCUGUACGAGAAGAUCCGACCGUCCGAUUCAGCCUGGUACAUCGACGGCUCCACGCUCGUCCUGACCCUGCAAAAGGAGCAACCGCAGAAGUGGCCCGCCCUAACCGACACCGAAGCCUUGGAAAAGAGGUUCGGACCCAUCCGAACCUCCCCAGAGAAGGCAACAGCUUCGGCAGCAGCGUCAUCUGCAGCAGCAGGGAACGGAACUGGCAAAACAAGCACGGGGAAGGAAGGGGCGCUGGGAGGAGGGGAGGGGGGAGCGGGGAAGGCGGAGGGGAAGGGGGAGGAUGGGGCAGGUGAAAAGAAGGACGGGGCUGCAGCGUGGGCUGCCCGGGAAAAAGUAAACCGGCUGCUGAAGGCUGCACAGGAGGGGGAUGUGGAGGGUUUGAAACAAGCCGUUGCCGUGAUGAUUGCAGAUGGGAAGGCGGAGGAGAAGGCAGAGGAGAAGGGGGAGGGGAAGGCGAAGGGGGAAAAGGAGGGGGUGCAGAUGUAUUCGGAAUUAGAUGUAGAUGAGAUGGUUAGCAGUAGCAGCGGUGGUGGUGGUGGUGGUGGUGGCGGUGGUGACAAUACCGAGGGGAAGCUUCAAGUAGAGGAAGCCCGGGAAGUGCUAGAGGAAGUGAGGGACGCCAACGGCCGCACGGCCCUGCAUUUCGCAGCCAGCAAGGGGCACUUAGACGCGUGCAGGUACAUGGUGGGGGAUAUAGGCGUGCCUGUGGAUGUGAAGGAUGACGAGGGGGAGACGCCGCUUCUGCUGGCGGCCCGCGAGGACCACUCGGACGCUGCCAAGUGGCUGAUUGAGCACGGGGCGAACGUGGCCACGUCAGCAGAGAAAUCGGGAGCGCAGGCGAUACAUCACGCUGCAGGGCAUGGUUCGGUGAAGACCCUCGAGCUGCUAUUGGACAACGGUGCCGACCCUAACGCCCAGAGCGACGCCGGGCCUCCGCUGCUGUGGGCGUGUGGGCACGGGAAGACCGCUGCGGUGGAGGUGCUUCUAACGAGGGGGGCGAAUCCGGAUACCCCCAACGAGGAUGGGGUGAACUCGCUGCUGACCGCCACUGCUGCAGGGGAGACGGAGAUCGUCAAACUGCUGCUCAAGCACGGGGCUCAGCCCAACCCAGGCAGCCCCCCUCUCCCCACCAACGCCGCUGCUGCCGCUGCUGCCACGUCUGCCGUUGCCACUGGUGCCGCUCCGCCCUCCCCUCUCCCAUGCGUCACCUCCACCACCCCACUCAUCGUUGCUUCCAACGAGGGUAACCUAGAGGCGGUCUCUGCUCUGCUGGACGCUGGCGCUGAUGCCAAUGCGAGGGACGAGGAUGGGAUGACGGCGCUAGACGCUGCUGCUGCUGCGGGGCACCAGGAGAUAGUCUCUAGGUUGAUCGGGGUUACGGCGCGGCCUGCUGACGUGGCGGAGGGGGAGUGGACGGUGGAAGGGGUGAUGAAACGGGCGGCGGCACAGGGUGCAUCAAUGAGUGGAGGAGGGGGAGGAGGGGCAGCAGAUAGUGGAGUAGGGUUAUCAACAUCAGCAGCAGGGGCAGGAGGAGCAGCAGGAGGAACAGGAGCAGCACCCCCCGGGUCUGCUCUCUCUGGGUCGGUGGCUGCAGCAGUGGCAGAGGCGAAGGCCAGAGGGGAUGCCGCGUUCAGAUCUCAGCAGUUCCAACAGGCGGUUGACUCGUACACUCAGGCUCUGGAUCUGUACCCGAAGGCGGAUCUCCCUCAAAUACCAGCGGAGGAUCGAGUGAUGAAAGGCACCUUGAUGGCUAAUCGCAGCAUCUGCUGGCUGCGCCUGGGGCAGGCGCCCCUGGCCCUAGCAGACGGACAGAUGGCUCGAUCGCUGCGGCCAGACUGGUCUAAGGCUUACUUCCGCGAGGGGAGUGCCUAUAGGGCCAUGGAGCGUUACGAGGAUGCAGCCAAUGUGUUCUUUGAAGGAGUGCAAGUCGAUCCAAACAACAUGGACCUCACAGCAGCCUUCCAAGAGGCGAUCGAAGCCGGGCGCAAGGCACACAGAGAGAAUCAGGCAUCCAAGUGAUAAGAAAUCGAGGUGACUUUUGAGUGAAUAGGGACUCAGAAGUCAAAAGGCACCAAGGCACAUCAAGAGAGUCAGUGAUCCUUGCGAGACUACGUCUCAAAAGUAAUUUGGAAACGUUACAGGCUUUACUUUUGUGUUUGUCUACUCACAUGCAUGUCUUCUUGCCUGCAUGUUCAUGCCCCUUCUGUUCCUCUUUCGUCACCAGCAUUGCUCCAUAUCUGCCCAUGGUAGUUCCUCUGUGCAGAGAGGAUGUUAUAGGUAGGUUCAAUAACACGUACCAGUAACUUUUAUGCAAUGUUACAGUGUCCAUACACAAUUCACCA